AGAGAGACACACAGCUGUCAGGAGGCCCCGACCCGUGGAUGCAUUUAUGAGAGUCAAAGUGCAAGACAGCCGCAAAUGUAGUUACACAACUAAUUAGGCUGGAUAAGUUAUGGCAAAGAAAUGAGGCCUCCAAGAAGUUAACAAAGCAAACUGAACCGUUAACUGUUUUUUUCAAGUUUUUGGUGACUAAUGCAGGUAAAUAGAUAAAGAGACUUUGAACCCAACAACAGAGAUUUGUGAUGUCACUCUGUGGACUUUCAGGUUAAUUAUUACCAAUAUGCGACACCCGGAAGUGUUGAAGCUUCGUAACACGGAGGCAACGUCGAACUGAAGAGGCAAAUACCAGACAUUUUCACGUAAAAAAAAGAUCUCCAACAUGUCUGAAGAGAGCAACAAGCUGGGCCCCAUCUCUGCUGUCGGAAUAGUUAGUUCACUCACCAAAAUCCCUGACGGCUUCUAUGUUGUUACACAAACAACAGAUGGCUCCGACGCCGACCUGUGGAAGGACGGCUUAUUCAAAUCCAAGGUCACUCGCUACCUUUGCUUCUCCAGGAAAACUGAGCCUGAAGUUGUUGUGGAUAUGAAGCUGAUUGACAUCAAGGACCCGCUGCCAGAGUCCUUCACACUUGUGCAAGAAACAUUAGACAAAAAGGAAGCUGCCAUGAGGAAGAGGAGGCUGUGUGUGAAAAUGAGCACUCGUGAGGCUGCCGAGACAGCUGUAUGUGACAUCCAGAUCACCGCCAAAUCCAAGUUCCAGCUUGUUAACUACACCUGUGUGGGAGAGAUAAACAACAUGGGAAUAUGGUAUCGCAUGGGAGACGUUCCUCGGAGUCGGUCAUCUCAGCAAACUAGGAGCGCUCCAAAAACUGACGCCCUGUACAGCACAAUAAGGAUCGCCAUCAGCAGGCCACAGUAUCAGCAGGAGAACAGUGGCAUCUACACUAUGUCAGCUCUCGACGAUGUGCCAUUUAUGGUGUCGGAGAAGUUUCACGUAAAACCUCAACAGAUGCAGCAAGUCAGUUUAAUGGGCAUUACGAUCAAAUCCCUGGCAGAGAUCGAGGAGGAAUUCCACUACAACUUCGGCACAGAACUGAGUAUUGUUCCUUAACCCCUCGUCCGGCUCUCCCUCCGAGAAACGCAACAAGAAUAGUUCAAUGGACUAGAAGGAUCAUUUAUGAGUUAAUCGGGGAUUUUUACUUUCAAAUGUUGCAUGAUUUCUCAUUUUAUUUAAAUUAUUUAAUUUCUAAAAAAUAAGUACUAGAAAAG